AAGAGCGUGGCACCGGAACUAGUUUAUUUACUCACUCAUUUACUCUAACUUGGUACUGCGCUCAUGUUCUUGCUCGGACUGUCGAUUUACUUGGUCUACGAAAAGAGAGUUAGUUGAAUUCACGGAGCUGUUGAACAGAAGGAGGGAGUAGUGGAAAUGACCGGUUUAAUAUCACUGUUAUUAUGACGACGACGACGACGACUACCACAACUGCUACUACUACUAAUAAUAAUAAUAAUAACAAUACUACGGAUAAUAACAAUAAUAAUAGGGAUAGUUUGUAGUUUGCAGGCGUUGAUGAAUGUUUGUAAAGCCAAGACAUCAUGAAGUUGAUUCUAUUUAUUUAUUAACGGGUGGACUAACUGUAUUUCAAUAUUUGAUCACAACGUUCGUAAAACAAAUCCGUAAGGGCUUUCUGUGUGGAUUUAUCAAACUAUUUGCCCUACUUGUGAGUGUGUGUGUGUGUGUGUGUGUGUGUGUGUGUGUGUGUGUGUGUGUGUGUGUGUGUGUGUGUGUGUGUGUGUGCGUGUGUGUCCACACUUCUCUGAGAAGGCGUCUGAUAACCUCUGGUGGUGACCAGUGGAAACUAACAGGAAGUUUCUGCAUCUCCGCUUUCCUCAUGAAUGUCAUAUGUAUUUACCUAAACAGAAUAUUCUAUUGAGUUUAGUUUCAAUGUUGAUCUUAUCGGGUUAUUAUUUUGUACUCAGUGGACUAUUUACGAUUUAUUUCUUGUGUUUGACCACAACAAACGUCUCGCCCAGAUGAUCGUCAUUGUUUUAAAUAUAAUUAUCAUACCUCCUGGGACUCGGUGUUAAACAUCACACGUGGUCCUAAACUCGCCGCACUCAGCAAGAGUGAUCAUGAACGUCUGAUGGAAAACAAAACUGAACAAUUUAUUUAAUCUAUAUUUUAGUCCUCCUUCUACCCCCACGACUGUUCCUGCUAUUGUUAUUAUUAUUAAAGUGGCAAGAAGGGCUUGAUUUCAGAUUAACUUGAUGAACAAAAAUAUUUUGUCAUCGCUGCUGUAAUUAUAUUUGUAAUUCAUUAUAUUUGGAAUAGUGGCGUUCAUGACCAGUAUUAUUGCUAUUAUUUACCUUCACUUCCUUGAAGACUGCACCAAGUUCCUAAAGUCUAACCGCCGAGUCUCCGUUACCAACAAUUCGUUUUAUCAUACCAUUAUUCACUGAUUCAAUCGUUAAUUACGCGGCUUACCUUCACUGGUCAGAAACAAGUCGAUAAAAAUGAAUAUGGUCAUUUUCAUUAUUGCUGUGUUUUGCUACGCGAUUUUCGACGGCAACAGCGGCAACCCUCGUGUGACUUAGUGAGGCCACAGUAUAGCACAGUUUCAUCGUCUGAACCCAAAUAAGUUAAUAUAAACGAACAGCACGCGCUCACAUGUCUAAUGACGGUGCAUUCGUUUUCAAAGGGUUUUCUGGUCAGCUCCAGGCGUGACGGACAAUUUGACUGAAAACGGUCUUGAAUUCAAAUGUAAAAAUACGGUCAUCAAUACAUGCAAAAAGGAAUGCGUCGCGUGUCGUCAGAAUUAAAUAAUACUUCCUCAGGGUUCGGGGUUAAUUGGGCUCUAUCAAUCUAUCUAUUUAUCUCUCUGUCGAGCUGUGUGUGUGUGUGUUCUUCUAUCUUUGCGAGAACCUGGAUGAGUUUUUAAUCAACAGGGUGAGGACAUUUUUGCAAAGUGUGUGUGUGUGUGUGUGUGUGUGUGUGUGUGUGUGUGUGUGUGUGUGUGUGUGUGUGUGUGUGUGUGUGUGUGUGUUGUAUUAUUGCCGCCACCAACGUGUGAAAGGCUCUUUGUCCAGCUGUCUGGUCCGGACUGGCUGGUCACUUCAGUGGUCAGACUCUGGACUAGACAGUGACCUUGACGGUCCGCAGCUCUCGUCUGCGCAUGUCACGUCGAGAUUAAAAGAAAAGGAGCAGCCGUUUUCUUUUGGUGACGUCAUCUGGAGUGCGGUGCGAGCAAGACAAAACGGAUGUGAACACCGAAAUGGACCGGAAAAUGCCAAAUACUAUGUAAGAGGUAAAUACGGACGACAAUGACGCGCGCACGCGCACGCGAGGAAACCGUCACCAAACUGGAUGGUUCAACGGCGUCUCCGGUUCACCCGAUGUUGGUCCCGUCUAUUUAGAGGCGGACUCGGGCUGUUCCGAGUCCCGGGGCCGCGCGGAGGUUUUGGGUUUUACCAGAGCUCAGAUUUCAGCUGCGCGUGUGUUUGUGAGAGACUUCUGAUCGAUCGAGUGAUUUGACGACUGCGCAUACGGAGUCAUUCAUACAAAUCAAUAUUUUUGCAAAUAUUUUUGAACAAACCUGUUUGCAAACCUCACUAUGUGACAGCCUCUGACCCUUAACUUAACCAUUCCAAUCAAAUGGCUACCCUUAACGCUGAGCCAAACUGAAAGCCCAUUAUCAUGAACUACUGAGGUUUUAACCCUCUAAACCCUGGAAGGACAAGCCAAAAUGUCCUCACAAGAAGGAGGCUCGUCAAGACGUGGUACCCACAAGUGGCAAAACAUGGCCACACACACACACACACACACACACACACACACACACACACACACACACACACACACACACACACACACACACACACACACACCCGAUCACCUUUACUGAUGACUUUGGAGAUUUGAGAGAAGUCACGUGGUAUCGUCGCUGAGUCAAGUUCAACAUCGAAUAAGUUUGGCUGCACGUGAGAGACCGCAGCGGUGCUACUAAGUCCGUUUAGGAGGACACAUGAAUUCCAAAUUAUUUGUGUAGUGAUCGUUUAAAGACCAUUACAGUCAGAGAGAGGUCAAGAUAGACGGACAACCGUCAAGUGAAAAGUCAACUCAUGUCAUGAAAAAAACGGAACUAUGGAGAAGACGACGGUAAGAGACGCAUUAUAUAUAUAUAUAUAUAUAUAUAUAUAUAUAAAUAUAUCUAGUAGAUAUCUGGAAUGAAUUAUCUAGCAAAGAAAAACAGGGAAAUAACUGCUGUGAAUAUGUUCCAUAUUUUAGAUGACUGAAAGUUGCCUCCACUGCUUUGUUAACAGACUGCCAAGCCUCGGCCUACGUAAUGAGCUUCAUGAUGAAGUCACCUGUCAUCAUAUUACCACAAAAACUAUCUCGGUGGACCACAUCAUUAAAAUCGUGUGCAGAGCAGUUAUCGAAGCCAAAUUUGGCUAUUUUGUAGAAUCUAAAAUAUCAAAUAUGUUGAGAGUAAUAAUCACCGCGCAACUCCAAGUGUGUACAUUCAUAGCUCUGAUGCCUUCAGAAUCUGCAUUGUAACUAGUCAUGAGAACCAAAGCGACGGUGUGUGUGUGGUGUGAGAUGAGUGGAUACAACACUGUUAUAUUUGUCUCGCAUUCAGUCAUGAACGUAACGCGCGCCCACGUGAAUUUCAAUUUAGUGGAACCACACCAGGUUCUGCCCGGAUAUCAGCCCAGUCCCGCCACUUCUCUGGGCUACGAAAAUCGUGUCACAGGUCGGUCCGUGACGAGGAUGUGUAGCCUGCCGGUGCGCUAGUCCUCCUCGAGUCACCUUGGACCACCGACCUGUCGAUUUCACCGGCUGACCCCGUUACUGUAAAUAUGCGAGUAGGAGCGCAUCAUCUUUUCCUCCAACGAGCUCGUAAACACUUUAUAAGACUCUCAUUCUCCCAUAAUCUGGACCUGCUUUCUCCUUCAAGAAUAAAUAGUUUACACAGGAAACUUUUGUCAGCCAGUAAAGGGCUCCAACAAGCCCGUAAUACGAGGCACAGGACCGGUCCGGAUUCUUCUGAACUCUGUGGAUUCUCUCCAUUUUUCAUAAAAAGCCUUAUGGUAUUUUUAAAACGCUUAUAAACCUGUGUAAUACCGAAGUGUAUGUUUUGUUUUGUCGGACCGAGUGGGUGGUACCGAGUGCGCGCAGGUCGGCCCCGGUCACGUGGUCCGCGGGCGGCCAAUCAGACGCCGCUCCCGCUUUAACUACGUUAAAUGUCAGAUAGCAAUAAAGUAGAAGCUGCUGGUCGGGCCCGCGGAAAUGGGCGAACAUAAUCUCCUUAAUCCCGGGUUUGUGGGACCUCUGGUGAACAUCCACACUGGAGACACCUUCUACUUCCCCAAUUUCCGAGCCUCCGGGGGACAACUGGCGGGGCUUCCGUCUCUCUCCUACCCGAGGAGGGACAAUGUCUGCUCCCUCCCGUGGAACCCGUCCGAGCCGUGCAACGGAUACACGCAGUCGUAUUUCGGCGGCUCUGUGUCCUUCAACCGGUCCUGCGACAUCUCCCGACCGGAGGAACAGAAGUGCUACUACAGCAGGGAGACCUGCUCAGGUGGACCCAAGCGGGAGGACGGCCGGACGAGGGACAUGCCGUCGCUGACCUCCGACCACGGGAUGCACAGUAGCGUUGGGACCGCCGGUCUCUUCGCCAAAUACGACUACGGAACCGAGCAGCUGUCGCAAGACCCGCCGUCCUGCCAGUCAAUGGAGUCCGACUCCAGUUCGUCUCUGCUCAGUGAAGCAAAACCUUCAUCCAGCGACGCCCCGACUCUGGCGUCGCCGGGGGGCCACGGAGGAACCAUGUCCGCGGGCGGAGGCGCCCCCUGGUUCCCGGUCCACACUCGGACCCGGAAGAAACGCAAGCCAUACUCGAAGUUGCAGCUGGCGGAGUUGGAGGGAGAAUUCAUGCUGAACGAGUUCAUCACCAGACAGCGAAGGAGGGAGCUGUCGGACCGACUCCACCUGAGCGACCAGCAGGUGAAGAUCUGGUUCCAGAACCGGCGCAUGAAGAAGAAGAGACUCAUGCUGCGGGAGCAGGCGCUGGCCUACUUCUAGCUCGGAAGGCCCUCAGAUUGGAUUCGGAACCCUACACGAGUGCAUGCCACGUCGCUCCGUCACGUGACAGAAUUUAAUUGGAGAGAUAAUACACUCACAUUUGUUUUGUAAUUCGCGAAAGAAACGCACAAUCACCGAGUCCACGUCUUCAUCCUAACACGUCCUCUGGACCACAAUGACGUGUCACCUGCUCUUCAACAAGAAUUCAGACCCAAGUUACAUGUGAGCGAGUGAAUGAGCGAGUGAUCGAGCGAGCGUCAUAGUUCUCCGUGAAAAGACGGGAGCGUUUUUGUUCGUCACGGUAUUCACCAAAACACUUUCACCUUCCUCUACAUUAGAUGCACACAAAAUGCAAAAAUGUUUGGCGUAACUGGUGCGAACGUACGAGCGAGCGCUGUGGCGGAUGACGCCGCGGCUCCUUCACGCAGACUUCGGUGCUCAGACAAUAAACGCGUAGAACAAAUAUAUUUAGAUGUUUUUCGGGGGUGUCAAUUGGUCACGUGUGUACGUGUUUGCGCAUGCGUGAAGCGACAUCUGAUGUUAUUGUUUACGUUUUCACUCAGAGAAAGAAUGUAUCAUUUUGUGUCUGUGUUAGCUUCGCGUGUUCUCGUCCCUCAUGGCUCUGAUCCGGGAUCGGUGUCCGGUGGUUCUGGUACAUUCCCCUGGGCUCGUGUGUUCCCCGACAUGUGGGCUAGAAUUCUCAACCUUCCACGAUGGAGACGAGAACGAGAGUGAAGCUGCUGUCGUCCGUAUUGGUGUCCGUCUGUCCCCAGCCCUCCUCUCCUCCCUCCCUCCAUCCUUCUGCUUGUUGUCCCGCGUCAUUGUCUUGUAAAGUGAUAUAAUCUGAAUGUAUAAGCUCUUAUUAAACAGUAUUGGAACGUG